ACGCAUCAUAUCUAGAUAUUCAUACAUCGUGACAAUUGACAUAUAGCUUUGAAAGUUUGACAGUAUUGUGACUUUGAGGUUAUUUAAAUCUCUAAACUCUAAGUCAUCUUAUUCAAGUCAUAUUAUUUACAAAAUCGUGUUUUAUUAUAUUGUAUCAUAUAACGUAGAUGUUAUUAUUAUUACUUUUUCGAAUAAUUUUUUGGGUAUAGCUAUCCAAAAAUAAUAUAGCUUUAAUGCAUUCGUUGAGUAUCAAGAAGAUAAUGUUUUCCUUAACGGACGUCUUUUAAAAUAUUUCUUAUAUUCUGUGGAGUAACAAUAUAACUGCAUUUGCGUCAACGAAAAUGGCACUUGUCAAUAUAGAAGGAAUCGACCCUUGGCUUACGGAAUAUGACGCAUGUGAAAAGUUGUUCCGUGAGAUUAUGGAGCAGCUUACUCUGCGUGAAGGAGAACCAAAGGCAUCAAAGGUUUAUGCCAGCUUGUCUGCCAAUAUAAGAUUGCGUAUGAAACAAUAUACACGAGAAGUUCAGCAAUUAAAGAGCAAAGUGGAAGAAGCAUCCAAAUUAAGAACAAUAACAUUUGAGGAAGCUGAGCGGAGGACAAGGCAAGUGGAACAAUUACAAAGUAAAAACAUUCAGCUACAAAAAUUGUAUGAGCCGCAUACAAUUGAUUACGUAUCGUCGCGUGCUAGUUUAUUAAGAGCAGGUUCAUCAGUUUUCGCUGAUGGUGGCACUACUUCUUGGGCUAUUGAUGAUGAUGAUGAUGAUGAUGACAAACCGUUAAAUGUACAAGUAUCUGUUGGUGAUAUUAUGAAUCAUCAAGAGCAAAUAUUGAAAGAACAAGACAAAGGCUUAGAAGAGUUAUGUAAAGUGAUUACUCGUCAAAAGGAGAUUGGACAAACUAUUAACAAUGAGGUGGAUCAUCAAAAUGAAAUAAUUGAUGAUUUGGCUGAUCAUAUGGACAGGACUGAUGAGUCUUUGAUUAAUAAAACUCAACAGGUCCGUAAUAUCCAUUCCAAAGACCGUACAUGUGGUUAUUGGAUAGUGAUAAUUAUACUUUUUAUUGGUAUCAUUGUUGUUGCUUUAGUAUAAAUUAGAUUUUUAAUAGAUUAUUUUAACUUUGUUUAAUUGUCUAUAUCUAAAGUUUGCGAAUUAGAAGCUUAAAUAUUUAUAAAUAAAGUAAUGUAGUUUUAGUUGUAAAAUAAUAUUUCUCAAUUUCUCAAUCGGAUAUUUAAUAUUGUGUACGAAAUUUUUAAUAUGCUAUGCUUUUUAUUACAAAUAAUAAAAUAUAAAACCAAAAUGUUAAUUAAA